GCCCACAGGGAAGGCGGUGCCUCUAACGGCCUUCGGCUGCUAACAGCCGCUCGCAGCCUCUUCGCCAUUCAGCCGCCAUGUCGGCCGCUAUCUUAGCGGGUGUGAGGCCGGGCCUGUUGUCGCGGGCGCUGCUGCACCAGCUGCGGGGGCUCCAUGUCUCGGCGCCGCGCCCCCGCGGGGCCAGGGUGGCCGUGGUCCUGUCUGGAUGUGGCGUUUACGAUGGUACAGAAAUCCAUGAAGCUUCUGCCAUAUUAGUCCAUUUGAGCCGUGGAGGAGCUGAUGUUCAGAUAUAUGCCCCAGAUGUCUCUCAGAUGCAUGUUAUUGACCAUAGCAAAGGGCAGCCAACUGAAGGGGACUCAAGAAAUGUCUUGGCAGAAUCAGCAAGAAUCGCUCGUGGUAAAAUCACAGACUUGGCUAAACUUGCUGCAAACGAUCAUGAUGCUGUGAUAUUUCCUGGAGGAUUUGGAGCUGCUAAAAACCUGUCCACCUUUGCUGUUGAUGGAAAAGAUUGUAAAGUGAAUGGAGAUGUUGAACGUGUGUUAAAGGAUUUCCACAAAGCUGGGAAGCCUAUUGGUUUGUGUUGCAUUUCACCUGUUUUGGCUGCAAAAGUUCUUCCAGGUACCGAAGUCACUGUAGGACAUGAAGAAGAGCAAGGUGGUAAAUGGCCUUAUGCUGGAACUGCUGGGGCCAUUAAGGCACUGGGAGGAAAACACCAUGUUAAAGAAGUAACUGAAGCCCAUGUGGACACGAAGCACAAGGUGGUAACGACCCCAGCUUUUAUGUGUGAAACUGACUUACAUCACAUCUUUGAUGGUAUUGGGGCUAUGGUAAAAAACGUCUUGAAGCUGACAGGCAAAUAACAUGGAUGUCCUUAGUAGCAAUAAUAAUGACCUUUUGGAAAAGUGCAAUCCCUACCACAUUAACGUGGCAUGGUAUGUCUUCUUUGUGCACUCUGGAUUGCAUUGGACUGGCUUGUUUAAUUUCUAAUACUGGAAGCACUACAACUUGUUGAGUUAUGCAGCCCUUCUUUCUUCUACAUCAUUCUGAUUCCCCAUUAGCACAGCAGACAAGUUGUUCCUUUCUCUGGAGCUGUUUGCUGCAUACAAAUGUCUAAUGGAUAAUUACUCCAUUAAGCCACUGAAAUUAAUAGUAUAAUCUCUAAAAAAUUUGUUCCGAUCAUUUAUCAUGUUUUUAUCAAGAUUCCUAUUGUAAGAUUGAGCAACUACGUGGUCCUAAUAUUAUCAAUGUGGCAAUUAUAACAAUGAUGUGCACCGAUUAGUGACCUGAUUGCUUUAGACCUUGGAGUUUUUGAUUGCCAUUGUGUUGUGCUCUCCAGUAAAUUGGGUUUGGGAUUGAAGAAUUGCAGAAUUAUUCAUCUGUAUUUUGCUGUGAAAUAUUUCGACAACAACUACAGCAUUGCCAAACUUCAGGCCAAACAAGAAGACAGAUUACUGCAUUGAACAUUAUGACAGACAUGGCACUAGACAAGAUAUGUGGCAAAAUCUUUGGAUAAUAAUAGCAGCUCUCAGAAGAAAUCAGCUCAAGAAUAAAGUAUUUAAUUCCUGACAAGUGUGUUAAUACCUAUUUUGUGCAGUCACUUGGAAGAAGUAGUGGUUAAAGCUAUCUUUUGAUCAACUUCUUUACAAUUCCUAUUAGUAUGUAACUACAAUACUAUGCUUUGAAAGUAUGUAGCUGAAUGUUUGAGUCACGGCAAACUGAAAGAGCCAAUUCCAAAACGGGCAAUUAAAUCUUAAAUAUUUGUGAGCAAAUGGA